CUCACAACGUGCUGCAAUUUCUCGUCUUGUUGGCAAACGGUCCAUCAAGUGAAAAGUCACUUUUAUCGAGGUGGUUCUCCGCAGGGAGGACGACGGGCGCGCGCACUGAACGCUGUCUGGUCUCGCUCUUUGAUUACGGGGGCAAAAAAAACCGACGCCACGCGCGCUUUCUCCGGUGCAGACAGCGGCGGCUCGAGCGCCUCGGAUGAACUCGGAGGAGGUUGAUGCGCGAGACCUAGGCCAGCCACGUAGCGAUGGUUUGUAAACCGGAGCAGCGGUGGGCUCGUGCAGUCUAGAAAAUCAGAGCGAUAUGUGAUAGUUUGUCCGCUUGUGCAUGCGACUUCACGCUGUUCGCCAAAACUCGCAGUGUCCGCCGAGGAAUAGUUUAUCUGAAGCGAGUCGUUUUUUGUAGAUCUGUUUCAUCGGAUCGCUACACAACUUGAGGUGGACGGUAUGAGGGAGAGGGCGCUCGUGUCUCGGGUAACAUCUGGCUGCAGGGUGCUGAUUCGGAGCAGCUGGUAAUGACUACGAGAUCUAAGCGCUGAGUUUAACGGCACGGAGACGCCGUCACAUCACUGACAGAGAGGAGGCGGCUUUUGUGUCUGAAUCAGCAGAGAUUUGCAGAUGAGGUGCCGCUAUUGUCUUUCCAAGUUGAAACCGAGAUGCUGUUGAGAGACUGAAGUUUGGAUCUAAAGCCAAGACGAGUUUCAUUUGGAUUGAAAGUAAUGGAGGCUCGGUUUGGGCUAGGCUAAGGUGUCUCUCUUCAUCUCUCCUCCUUUACACUCUCUUGCCCUCCUCUCAUUCAUUCGAGAGGAGGGGUACAUUGCCUCCUGUAUCGUCCUUGACAGGAAACAGUAGUUGUUCUCAAACAUAAAGAGGGAAACACUCCAAUUUAGCCGAGCGAUCGGGUGCUGAUGAAGUCCUGCCAGACACUGAAGGAGGAGGUGUCCGGCCCGGAGGCGAUGUCCCAAGAGGAGGGGCAAAUGACUCAACCCUCCCAAAUGUACUUCCACAACACCUUUGCCCCUGAUGCCGAGCUGUCAGCAAAGCUGUACAAGCGAGAAACUGUGGCCAAACCGUACUCGGUGGUCAUUGACAACAUGAUGGCUACGGUGCCCGAGUCACAGAUGCCUUCAGACCUAAAUCCCCAUCCUGCCCCGACUCAACCGUUUUACCGGGAGGGGUCCGGAGCAGCUGUGACGAAGAGCGGAGACUGUGGGACGUCGGAAGAUUCUGAAGCCGAAGAGGGAGCCGGGGCGGAGGACGAAUUCAAACGAGGACAGAUCAUUGUAGAGGUCAACCUCAAUAACCAGACCCUGCAUGUGUCCAAAGGAGACGACGCAGCAAAUGCAAACACCGCAGAAGACGACAAGAGCAAUAGUGAGGAGGAGGAGGAGGAGGAAGAAGAAGAGGAGGAGGAGGAGGAAGAUGACUACAGUGCUGAGGAGGAUCUGGAUGAGGAGGAUCAAGAUGAUGAGGAAGAAGAAAACCACAGUCGGCAAACAAGAGCGCAACGGACGCACAGGGGUCGAGCCACUGCUCCGCCACGGCGAAAGAGUCGCCGCGUAGCCCCUUCAUCAACUGGGAGCGUAACCACUGCGACUGCCAGCGUUAUGACCAGGGGGCGGAGAAAGAAUGCAGAGGGCCCGCCCCAAAAGCGUAGACCUGCCAAGGAGCCCAAAAGCUCCGCCUCCUCCACCUCAGGAGCAACAAACGCGGGAGGAGGAGGAGGGGCCGAGGGUGAGGAGAAAGAGACGCUAGCGUGUGAAAAAUGUCCACGUGUGUUCAACACCCGCUGGUACCUGGAGAAGCACAUGAAUGUGACGCACAGACGCAUGCAGAUCUGCGACAAGUGCGGGAAGAAGUUCGUGCUGGAGAGUGAACUGGCUCUUCACCAGCAGACAGACUGCGAGAAGAAUAUCCAGUGUGUGUCAUGUAGUAAGUCCUUUAAGAAGCUGUGGUCCCUCCACGAGCAUAUUAAGAUUGUCCAUGGCUUUGCCGAGAAGAAAUUUGCCUGUGAGAUUUGUGAGAAGAAAUUCUACACCAUGGCUCAUGUCCGUAAGCACAUGGUUGCUCACACAAAGGACAUGCCGUUUACCUGUGAAACCUGUGGAAAGUCUUUUAAGCGCAGCAUGUCACUGAAAGUGCAUUCACUGCAGCAUUCAGGAGAGAAGCCCUUCCGUUGUGAGAAUUGUGACGAGAGGUUCCAGUACAAAUACCAGCUGCGGUCUCAUAUGAGCAUCCAUAUAGGACACAAGCAGUUUAUGUGCCAGUGGUGUGGCAAAGACUUCAACAUGAAACAGUAUUUCGACGAGCACAUGAAGACACACACAGGUGAGAAGCCGUUCAUCUGUGAGAUCUGUGGGAAGAGUUUUACCAGUCGGCCCAACAUGAAGCGGCACCGGCGCACACACACGGGGGAAAAGCCAUACCCUUGCGAAAUCUGCGGCCAGCGUUUCCGCUUUUCCAACAUGCUCAAGGCGCACCGAGAGAAGUGCUUCCGGGUCACCAGCCCGGUGACCCUUCAGCCUGCCAGCAUGGCACUUCCCAUUCACCUUACCGGCCACACGGCUUCUUCAAGCCACACGCCUAGCCCAACCCAGCCCACUCAGUCGACGCCUGUGGGCCCCGUAAUGAUCAGUCCUGCCACGGUGGGGCCCCUACCGCAACGGGUAGUCACCGCCCACGGCUUCUCUCAUUUGCACAUGCAGACGGUGCCCACGCAUCAUCACCCUGCACACACUCACACUCCUGUCCAUCACACAGGACACGCCCCCAUGACCAGCCACGCCCCUCAGCAGAUCUCAGUGCAGCCUUCUGUCCUGCCCCCUCCCCCCGCCCUGUUUAAGAGCGAGCCAAUAAACCACUGCGCACAUGAGGAUGCGUACCUGCGACAGGGUGCCGCUCCGCAACACCACUGAAACACAGUGUCUCGUACACAAACUCACUAAUGUGAAAUCAGGUGCUUGCUGGAGAACAGAGCAGACGGAUGGACAACAUGCAUCUAAUUCUCACAGGAAUCAGAAAGCUGGAACUCAGUGAAAUGCAAUGAAAUGUUUAUGUGUGUGUGUGUGUGUUUGUGUGUCUGAGAUACAGAACUGAUAUACUACAAACCAACUUGCCACUAGCACUCGUGACCAAACAGGACUGAUCUCUGUGAACUGAUCUCAAGAACACAAGCGCAAACUUCCUAAAGCAUUACUCGGAUUCACUUCAUCUCGCUUCAAACUCCGUCUCAACGAUCAAAACGAUGGGCCAUUGGGAUUUCAGUGGCACAAACGUGGUUCUCUCUCUAACUCUUUAUCAACUCAGCUGCUGUUGCAAAGGUUCUACGGGUUUAAUCGUUCACAGGUUAAAGGUUUCAAAAGAUUUCAAAAAAAUGCAGUGUAACCUCUUUAGAAAUGCAGGUCUUCCCGACAACGGAAAAUAUUCCUAUUCUACAUAACGAAUCAUAUACAAGUCAUUACACAAAACAUAGUAUACAGCACUUAAGCGGUAAACUCAGCGUAGUCUAAAUGACUGAAACGUUUCUGUUGCCUGAUUGUGAUUGUCAGUGAUUUUAUUCAGAUAAUUGGAGUUUUCUUGCUUUCUUUUUCUUUCUUUUUUUUUUUUAUUAAAUAAAAUACAAAUAUGCUUACUGGGUAAUGCCUGUAGCUCUCCGGCGUGUUCAGUCGGAGAUUGAGACUGUUAAGGAAGACCAAUGCUGUGAUGUGUCAUAGGAAGACUGCAAUUAAAGGCAAAACAAGAUCAUUUAUUAGUUUUACUGUAUGUUCUAUACAACCUAACUCGCUUACCAUUAUUUUUAUUUGUAUAAAGUAGAUGCUCUGUGAGACUUUUUAAAAAGGAAAUCGGAUUUCUAUGUUGAAUUGAGAUGCGUGCUUGUGAGAGUCUGUGUGAAGGGUUGGAAGAUGCAGAAAGGGUUUGUUUCUAAUCGUAUUCAACCGAAUGUAGGAGCGGAGUGUGUGUGUGUGUGUGUGUGUGUGUGUG